UAUGAUUAAAACUUUACUAAAGAUUUGUAAUAUGUCAAAUACUUUUACCCAUAGAAAAUUGCUACAUUCAUUGAAUUCUCCGGAUGUUAUAUACGUCGACAGUAAUACUGAUAUACAUAAUAAUAGAAAUCAAUGGAUUUCCUGUUGAUACAUCUGAAGAAUAUUCAAGAAAUCUACUCUUACGACAGCUCUUAAACUUUCAACUGCCAAAAGAUUCAAAUUUUGAAUCUAUCAGUAGUUUAUCACCAACCGCAUGGAAUCCAACGUGGUCUGCUCUGUUAUGGACAUCGUGGUCUAAAUGGGAAAGUUGUACACAGAAUGAAUACUGUAUGAAUAAUCAGUAUAAUUAUAAUAAAUCAGAAAUUUUUGAAAAUCUGUUGUUUCGAACACGAGUAUGUCAAUUUCAAUCAAUGAAUGAACAACUAUUAUGGUCACAAACAAUGAUCAAAGGUGUCAAUUUAUCAGGUGAAUUAUCUACUUGCUCAGAAGAAGGUCUCAUUCAAAGUGAUGUCAAACAUUGUCGUGAUUUGCUUCAGUGCAUCUACAAAACUUCAUCUGGAAAUCAUUCCGUCAAUGUAUUAUCGAAAUCAACUGUUAAAAACUUUUCAUCAAAAUGUACAGAAAAUGGAUGCUAUAUUAUGGAUACCACCGAAAAUCAAAUCAACACGGAAGAUAAUCAAACAACGGAAAGAUUUUCAAAACGUAGUGAAAUUUGGGGACCAUGGAUAGCUUUGCAACAGUGCUCAGCAAUUAUUCCGACUAUUGAUGAUUUACCAGAAGAAUAUCCCUGGGAAUUAUUACUUAAUUUAACACGAGCACCAGCUGGAAGGAGAUGUGAACCAGGACUGCAACUUCAAAUACGAAAGUUACUGAAUGAAUCCAGUCUUAUGAAUGAGCAUGAAAACUCUCAUAAUGAACCAAAGCCACCUCCGAAAUCAAUGAUGAUAGCAACCCCAACUAUCAGUGAAACACGUAAAAUUCACUGUUGGAUUAAUGAAGCAUGUCAUACAUCCGAAGUGAAAGUUGAACCGCCAACCACAUGUUUUUUUCAAGCAAUAUAUCGUAGUCCUUCUGUACAAGUUAAAUGGCGUCGAACACCAUAUGGUCGUAUGCCAUCUCAUUUCGAAGUACAUGUUUUAGAUCUUAUAAAUUCUGUUCAUUAUCGAAAAUCUGAACUUUAUAUCGAAGAAGUCAAACUAAAUAAAUUGGAUCCAUGGGGAGAAAAUUAUGUAGUAGAAAUAUUUGGUUUAAAAAUCGGUCAACCAUAUGAAAUAAGUAUUGCAUCUGCUGAUGAAAUGAGUAAUUUAUAUUUUUCAAAAUCUUGUGAGGCAGUAGUUAUUAUUGGAGCUGGCGAUGGUUCAUGGUCGAAAUGGUCAAAUUGGAGUAACUGCAAUUCAAAAUGUGCAUCAAAGCUAGGUACACGUAGUCGGUUUAGAAAAUGCAAUUCACCAGCGCCUAGAAAUGGUGGUCGUGUUUGCCCUGGUCCAGAACAAAUGAACUUCGAAUGCUUUGGGACCAAUAUUAAUUGUUAAAUAAAAAUUAACCGGACUGUUUUCUAAUUCAAACCAGAGUUAAGUUGUAUUUUUUCUAGAUAUGUAUGAUCAAACAGUCUCGUAGAAUAUUAAACAUCAGAGUAAGAACUGGUUGCAAAAAAAGUUUGUUAUAUACAUCUGAAGUUUCGCCGCCUCAGUGAACCAGUAUAUUCGAGAUAUUCAAUGCUUCUUAUUUGGACAUUUAAUUAGCUACAUCUGAGUUUUAGACUACUAUUUAAAUAUAUUCCUUAUGUUAUACAUCUGA